GUCCCCCGCGCCCCUCGCGCCCGGCCUGGCCAUGGCUUUGGUCGCGUUGAUGCCGCUCCUGCUGCUGCUGCUGCAGCCUCUACCCGCCACUCCCGCGCCGCCCGCCCGAGACCCCUUCGCCCCGCAGCUCGGGGACACGCAGAGCUGCCAGCUGCGGUGCCGCGACCGCUACCCUGGUCCGCAGCCCUCGCAGGCCGAGCUGGAGGAGGAGGAGGAGGAGGAGGAGGACCCCUCGGAGUCCCCGAAUGAGGAUGACAAGGCCGUGCUGAUCAGCGCUUGCGAGCGCGGCUGCCGCCUCUUCUCCAUCUGCCGGUUUGUGGCCAGGAGCUCCAAGCCCAAUGCCACCCAGGCGGAGUGUGAAGCAGCCUGCGUGGAGGCCUAUGUGAAGGAGAUGGAGCAGCAGGCCUGCAGUGAGGGCUGCUGGAGCCUGAGCCCCGAGCCCGAGCCCGAGCAGAAGGCCUCAACUGUCAUCUCUGUGACAUGUGAAGUACUCCCCCUGCCACCCCCCUCCACCGCCACCUUGCAAGGAGUAAAUGGCAGGAAACAACCACAUUUAUCAGGCAUUUGUCCUGGUCCAGGCCUGACCACAGCCUGCCCCAAAUUUCUCAUGCCACCCGGAGGCACCUGGGACUCCCAUUUCAUGCCCAUGGAGCAACUGCCCCAGGUCACACAGAGAAAGGUCCUGGAAGCUCCAAGCGGGGCCCUCUCGCUUCUGGACUUGUUGUCCACCCUCUGCAAUGACCUUGUCAACUCAGCCCAGGGCUUCGUCUCCUCCACUUGGACAUACUACCUGCAGACUGACAAUGGGAAGGUGGUGGUGUUCCAGACCCAGCCUGUGGUAGAGAGCCUGGGGCAUGAGGGGGCCCAUCUGCAGCGAGUGGAGGUGACCUGGCGGGGAUCUCACCCUGAGGCCUUGGAGGUGCAUGUGGAUCCUGUAGGUCCCUUGGACAAGGUGAGGAAGGCGAAGAUCCGAGUUAAGACCAGCGGCAAGGCCAAGGUGGAUUCUGCUGAGCUGCAGGACAAUGACUUCCUCAGUUGCAUGUCCCGGCGCUCGGGGCUUCCUCGCUGGAUCCUGGCCUGCUGCCUCUUCCUCUCGGUGCUGGUGAUGCUGUGGCUGAGCUGCUCUACCCUGGUGACUGCGCCUGGCCAGCACCUCAAGUUCCAGCCCCUGACCCUGGAGCAGCACAAGGGCUUCAUCGUGGUGCCAGACUGGCCCCUGUACCCUCCCCCAUCGCACGCCUUUGGGGACAGCCCCCCACCCUACAGGCUGAAGCUGGACCUGACCAAGCUGUAGGCCUCCGGCUGCCGGGCACUGCCAAGCGCGGGGGCUCCUCGGGUCCCCCUUGCCCUGCACUCAGGAGUCCAGGCCAGGGGGCGACCACUCUUGGGCUCCCCUACCCCCAAAUCCUCCUCUCUGCAGGCCCGCCCCUCCCCCCUGGGUCCUGGGGUCGCUAGGGGGGAUCUGGCCUUGGUUCCUCCCUGCCCCCUCCUCAGAGCGUGCUCUUUCUGUCUUCUAUUGUGCAGCGUCUUGAGUAUUUGAGCCCCACUUUCCUCCUCCCUCCUCUCUCCCCUCUCUUGGGGGGCUGAGGCCUCAGGGAAGCCGCCUUGUGCUAGGGCUCCCUGCUUUUCCCCACCCCACCUCUGGAGAUCCCAGCCUAGGAGAGGAGGUCCCCGUGAGCGGAGGCGGUGGGCAGCGCUGAGGCUGGGGCUGCAGCUGGGGGGUUGGGAGGAAUAAACGGUGUAUAUAAAAGGCGUCU